AUGCUGCGUUCCUUGCUUUCCUUAGGCCGAAUAGGCAGCGCCAACGACUACCUCUUUCCGAAAGUGGAUCCCAAGGAGGACGGUCCCGAAUGUUUAAAAGACUGCGCCGACUGCACAGUGCAAUUUCCAUCAAAAGUGAAAGUCGAGACCUCCAGACCUCUCUAUGGCCAAGUCAAAGAAUUUCACGCCCAUGUGCUCGUGGCAACGGGGCAAUCGGACUGGAAGGAAAAGAAUGUCGAAAAUGUGACAGGAAGUUUGAUGGAGGCAUUCGAUGGGGCAAAGUCAGACCAUGGUCCGAUUAAAGUCUCAGCAUCAAAUCUCACUCCUCCAGAACAACCGACCACAGACGGAAGUUCCAAGCAAGGCACGACAGUACUAAUUCUACCAUCAUUCACAUACAUCGACUCCGUCGCACCAUUAGAUGUUCCAAACCUGAUUGCCAGAUUCAUUGACCACCCCAUCGAUCAGCAAACUGGAAACGGCACUAUCUCUCCCGCAAAUGGGAUGAGUUCUCGACCCUGUGAACUUGACUACGUGAUACUACUAUGUUCGCACGGACGUCGAGAUGCACGCUGUGGUAUCACAGCGCCACUGAUCAAGCGCGAGCUUGAGCGACAUCUCCGCCCGCUGGGGCUAGACCGCGAUGCAGACGACUCUCGGGCUGGCGGGGCGGGAAUCUUCUUCGUCUCGCAUGUCGGUGGGCAUAAGUUCUCUGCAAAUGUUUUGAUCUAUCGCAAGAAGGACCAGCAGAUGAUUUGGCUUGCGCGUGUACGGCCUGAGCAUUGUGAAGGCAUUGUUAAGUACACUGUUCUACAGGGCAAGGUUGUACAUCCAGAGUCACAGUUGAGGGGUGGCUUUGAUCGGGUGAAAGGGUUGACGAGUUGCGAGGGAAAUGGGGAAGGUCAAGGUCUUUGGGAUAGAAUUGAAUAA